AUGGCACAACCCAACAUGCUUCAAAAACAAAAACAGCACCAGCUCCGACGAAAGAGGAUGGCGCUAUUCAUCAUUAUACUCAUUGGCCUCCGUCAGUGGUCCAAGACAAUCAAGCAGCCUUACAACGAUAGCAUCUUAACAGGUGAUGCAUACGAUUUGCUCAGAUGA